AUGCCCUCCUCCAAGCUCUUCGAGCUCUACCACCUCGGUUCGCUCAAACUCCAGCAGAGAAUUGCUCUUGCGCCGUUGACGCGCUAUCGUGCCAAUGAUCAACAUGUGCACACCGAUCUCGCGGUCGAGUACUAUACGCAGCGUGCCAGUAUGCCUGGUACGCUCAUGAUCACGGAGGCGACUUUCAUCUCUCCUCGUGCGGGCGGAUACGCCAAUGCUCCGGGUAUCUGGAGCGAUUCGCAGAUUGCUGCAUGGAAGAAGAUCACAGACGCUGUACAUGCGAAGGGCUCGUUUAUCAUACUCCAGCUCUGGGCACUGGGCCGCGCUGCAACGCCUGAUGUUAUCAAGGCUGAAGGACAAGACUACGUCGGCGCAAGCGCAAUCCCUCUGACGGAUGAUAUGCCCGUGCCGCGCCCGCUGACGGUUGAAGAGAUCAAGGAGUACGUGAAAGAGUUCGCUACGGCCGCGGAUAACGCCGUGAACAAGGCUGGCUUCGAUGGUGUUGAGAUACAUGCUGCACACGGGUAUCUGUUGGAUCAGUUCAUGCAGAGCGUUUCGAAUGACCGUACGGAUGAGUACGGCGGUAGUAUCGAGAACCGGCUUCGAUUCACUAAGGAGGUUGUUGAGGCUGUUACUGGGGCUGUGGGCCAGGAACGGACUGCCAUUAGGUUCUCGCCAUGGUCCAAGUACCUAUCCAUGCGCAUGACGGACCCCGUCCCGACCUUCUCGGCAAUGAUCACCCACCUGCGCGAUACCUACCCCAAGCUAUUCUACCUCCACAUCGUCGAACCGCGCAUGAAAGGCGACAGCGCCGCUCACGAGGACGACUGGGCUCAAGAGCAGGAGUCCAACGCUUUCGCAUACGAGAUCUGGGGAGACCGUCCGAUGGUCGUGGCUGGUGGGCAUACACGCGAGACGGCGUUGAAGGCGACGGAGAAGGAUAAUGUGAUCGUCGCUUUUGGGCGACUCUUCCUGGCGAACCCUGACCUCCCGGCGCGGUUGAAGGACGAUCUGAAGCUCAACGCGUACAAUCGUGAUACAUUCUACACGCCGGGUCCUGUCGGCUACGUCGACUAUCCCACCCACUCCCCGGCGUUGUAG